AUGACUCAACAUAAUUCUUCAACUUCAGCGAUCAAUCCUCAUGAAAUCCAAUCUUCUACUCACACUGCUAUUCGAAUACCUCAGACAGCUUAUGAGCAAUAUAUUGCAUCAACUACUGCUGAAGAGCAACUUAAGGCUCGGCUAAUACGUGUUAAUACUGAAUACAUAAAAACUGAAACAGCAGAACCUACGAAGAAAUCAUGCUGUGGUAUGUUCAAUGCGAUUUGUUUUAUUAUAUCUGGUCUGAUAUGUAUUGGCUUUUUCAUCACUAUUCGUCAACAAAGUUGUACAUCUGAUCGAAGAUGGACUAGGUGUGCAUAUGUGCAUAUGACAAUCAUUGCCGGAUGUAUUGAUUUUCUAUUUGGUAUGUGUUGGUUAUGUACGUUUUGUUCUAGUGGAGAAUAA